AUGGCUUUCAUAUUGCUCUAUCCAGCUGUAGCUGCUCUUGCACUCUUUAUUGUAGGUGUGAUUAUUGUAAUAUUGCGGUUUGGGCCACGCCUCUGUGGUUUGCGCCAUCAUGCCCUUCCCGAUAAUCACGAAUGGGAUGGAAAGAGCUAUGAGCACGAGAUUAGUUAUGCCUGAGGAAAAUUUAUGAAUGCUAUAAUUACAAAAUAUCUUACUCGAAUACAAUUUAAAAUGAAAAUUUAUAUAUUAAGACGAAAGCGCAUCAAGACAAUUAGACAUAGUACAAACUUUGUUAAUGCGUCAACAUAUCUUUAUAUCAGCGUACUGUUUUUUAAAGUGUACUUUUAAACAUUUGUACUUUUAUACGAAUACCUAGUAAAUUUAAAUUCUAGGUUAAAACCUUAACCUAAAUCAUUCCGUCCAACAAA